ACUCUCUUCCCGCACCUUGUCAUCUUGGCCUCCGCUGACUGAUGACUACAAACUAGUGAAAAAACGCCUACAUACAAAUAUUGAAGAAACUCUUCGUGUUUGGAUUGGUAGUACUACAGGGCCUAAAGGUCACAGUGCUCACUAACUUGAUUUACGCCUUGUAAGGCUGGGCGUCAGACCAACAACUGCCAUGGUGGGCACUGUCCGAUUAUUUGUCAUCACUAGACCGCUUUGGACUCGGUAUUAAGGGACAGGCGAUCUUGCAAAAGGCAUCGAAGUUGGCACUUGACAUGGGGGAAGAUUAUCUUCAAGGAAGCACUGUGGCUCUCUACUAACAGACGAAGAGAGGAACGAACUCACAAAUGGAAGCCAGCACUGCAAGCUACUAUGCCUUCAGCACAAAAACCCAUGAAUUCAACCUCAAGUAUAUGAGUUUCGGGAAUCCGCAAGGCCCACCAGUCAUAUUCAUACACGGUACACCAUGGUCACACAGGGUCUGGCUGCCUUACGCCGAAGCGCUGGCUCCUUUCUAUAAAGUGCACCUAUUUGAUAACCCAGGGUAUGGCGUGUCACUCGCAGGAGCGUCGAUAUCAGGCAGACACGAGCUGGAUGCUUCUCUGGCCACUCAGUCCGAGGUAUUCGCUCAUCUGUUCAAACACUGGAACUUGUCACAACCUCCUCAUAUCAUCACCCACGAUGUAGGUGGCUUGAUCUCUCUCAGGGCCAAUCUCCUUCAUGGAUGCGACUAUGCUAGUCUAUGCUUGGUCGACGUCGUCGCCGUCCGACCAUUUGGCUCACCCUUUUUCAAGCUGAUCGGCUCACAUCCUGACAUCUUCAACGCCAUCCCAGAUCCAAUAGCUGAAGGCAUGGUGCGCUCCUACAUCCAAGGCGCAGCAUUCAAACCUCUCGCCAAGGACGUUGAAGAUCUCCUGACCUUUCCAUGGACUAAGAAGGGUAUGCAGUGCAAAGGAGGAUUUCUCCGCCAGAUUCGUCAGGCCGACCAGAAGCAUGUAGCCGAGGUGGAAUCAAGAUAUAGCGAGAUUGGGAAGAAGAUGCCGGUGAAGAUCAUCUGGGGCAAACAGGACGGUUGGAUUCCGGUCGAGACUGCAUCAAAGUUGGCCGGCAUGAUUGGCACUGAUCAAGUGGUGAUCGUUGAGGAGGCGGGACAUCUUAUUCAAUACGAUCAACCAAUUCGACUGGGGGUGGAGUUGGCUCAUUGGCUUGCCAAAGUUGCCCAAACAUGACCAAAGGAGGGAUAGAUUCAAACAAGUGCCUUCAGUCUGUAUGUAUGUUAUAGGGCGCCAGUAAUCCA